AUGGAUAUUCAAAUGCAUGAGCAUAGGAGGAAUGAUCAUGAUACAAGGUAUAUUGAGUGUAAACCCUGGAGUGACUUUGUAUUGGAGAAACAAGCAUCAGAAAUAUAUACCAAAACAAUUUUUAAGGAUAUUCAGAUUGAAAUUGAUGCUGCCAUUACAAAGUGUAUGUCAAAGUCUCUUGAUACUGUGGGUGAUGUUCAAUAUUUUGAAAUAAAAGAUUUCAGACAGCCAUGCACAUCUUUUUUCAAGGUGCAAUACAGCAAACAAGAAGAUGGUUUAAGUAUAAGUUGUUCUUGCAAACGGUUUGAACAAUUUGGUAUAUUGUGCCGCCAUAUAUUUUACGUAUUACGGUAUGAUGAUAUAACUGAGUUUCCUAGAAGAUAUGUUCAUAGAAGAUGGAUGAGAGAUGUUGUUUCAGUUGGAUCAAAUCAUUCCAAUAUUCGGUUUGAUGAAAUUGGUAGGAAUAGUGAAAUUGAUAAAGUUUAUAGAGAAAUCGUUGUUGCAAAUGAGUAUGUGGUUAAUAGGCUGGUUGGCGAUUUAGAUGAACUGUGUCGUUACAGGGAUCAUAUUAAAAGUUAUAUUGAUAAAGCAGAUGAGGUUAUGGUUGCUGCGCCGCCUCCUAGUCGCAAAGAAAGAUUUGCUGAUAUUGGAGGGAACUUAGAAAAAUCAGAUUCUAUGAUUCGUGUCCCGAUCAAAAUAAGGACCAAAGGAUGCGGUGUACAAAAAAGGAUCAAGUCUAAUCGUGAGAUUGCAAUUCGGAAAUCAUCAAAGAUCCAGAAAUCGUGCCGUGUAUGUGGUGGAAAAGGACAUAACAGUCGCACAUGUAAAGAUAAGGUUUCUUCUAAUGCUAUAGGUUCUAGCAAUGCAAUGUAA